CGAGGUGGCCGUGAUCGACGGAGCGUUCCCGCGGGCUGGCUGGCGUGCCCCCUUCCUGCACCGCGCGGACGAGCGCAGCGAGCUCUACGUGCACCUCUGCGACGUGAACAGGCACACCGGCAGCUGCACCUUCCGGAUGAGGCGCUCGGAGUGCACGAUGGUGCUGUGCCCCUGCCACUUCGUGUGCGGCGUGACGUUCCGGAACGAGCGGUGGCGCCUGGACGACGACAGCCUCGAGCUGUACAGGCGGAUGUCCGACAUUCUCGCUCAGAUGGAGGUGCGGCACCGGGAGCGCGCGGAGCAAGCGGAUGGCCCCGACUUCGCAGAGGAGGAGCCGCCGCCCGAGGGCUCGCCGCGCAGGCCGGAGGAGCCGCCCCGGGAGCCGCCCUCGCAGCGCCGGGACGCGGCGCGCCUGCGGGCCACGGCGCUGAGCCAGGGCAAGCCGACCCGCGGCGCGGGCCGCGGCAAGAAGCACUCCUCGGCGGCGCCGGCGGGCACGAGAUGACAUCAAGGCGCUGCUCGCCGACAUCUCCCGCGCGACGAGGCCCGCCACCCCUCCGGGAGCGUCGGUGGCCAGGCCGGCGCACGUCACUGGCGGGAGCGAACUUCACCGCCCUUGCCCCGCGCGGGAGCGGCCCUCGCCGCGCCAGCCUCGCCUCCCGCUCAGCGCUGCGAGCGGCUCCGCUGGGGUUGCUGCGCAGCGCCUCCUCCUCCUCCUCCUCCUCCUC